AACCUUUGACACGAUUUUCCGCAACUAUGGCAGUGCAGCAAGGCUGUAUCUAUCUGCUCGACAUUUCUGUCAGCAGCAAAGACCUUAACGUUCCACUGGUUGAGGCAAUCGAUUCAGUUAUCAAUGACAAUAAGAGAGUAAAGCUACUUCUAGCUGUCAAGGUGGUUGCUGAAGCAAGGUUUCUGUUUGUCAUCAGAGCAAAAUCAACCAGCGACCCAGAUGCCUUGGCGCACAGAUUGUCACACAACAUUACUGUUGACUACAACAUAUCCUGUACUGCACUGAGACCAUAUGAAUCCUUUGCCAAGAAUCUUCUGGGUGUAGAUGAUGCCUUGUGUGGACAAGCACCAUAUAAACUGUCACCUGGUGGACAUCUGUACAUGCUGAACUUUGAAGUUGAGUACAAAGGCAUGUCCCAGGACAUUCUUAUGAGAAACUGGAAAGAAGAGGCUCAGUUUGCACUCACCACACGCCAACAAGGGACAGAGCUUGAAUUGUUUAAGGCAAUGGGAGAACGGAAGAUUGUGGCCUUCAUAAAUGUGAACACGCCAGAGCAGUUAGAUGACAUUGCGUGGAAUCUGCCAAUCAUGAAAAGUAUUGGGGACCAAGUUCAUAUUCUUUGCAAGUCUGUCCGACUAUAUUCCGAUUACUUGCAGGACCUUCAAAGUAACUUUGCUGAAUAAAAAACUUUGACAUGAAAAAGGCCAUUGUUUUAUAGGUAUUUUUAUAAGAGGAAGUUGGCCAUGUAAUUACAUAUAUAAAGCUUUAUUUUGCUACCCAAGUGAAUGCACGUCCAAGAAUUUCCCAAAACUUUAAUCUAAAAAAGCAUAUAGGGUAAAUGGUUGAUAGAUGCUUGCUGCAUUUAGGGUGCUUUAUCUUAGGGCCCAUUCCUAUAGAUGCCAUUGCUCAACGUGGAUCAACCCAACUCUGUGUGAACUCUUGCUGACUGCAAUCAGCUUAACUAAAAGACAUGCCUCCUGGCAUUAAGUAGAAUACAGCAAAAGCUGGUAAUUACGAUUAGUUGGAAUCAAGAGUAAGCUUGUCUUUCAUUUAAGCUGAUUGUGCUUAGGGAGAGUCCCUGCAGAGUUGGGUCUAUCCCUGUAGACCGAUGGUGUCUGUGGGGAUAGGGUCUUAGUCUUACAUUAAUUGUUAUAAAGUACAAUAUAUAAUGGCGUUUUCCGACAGGGCCAAUUGUAUAUUUCACACUUUAUCUUAUUUUUCAUUUGUGCAAUUUAAAUUAUGAGUAAAGUUUGUUAUCAUAAACUACCUUCUUGUACUUCCUUCCAAUGUUGAUACCUUUUUUACGUUUGUGAUGCAUUUAUCGUGAAAAAACAUCUUUUGAAGCUUUUUACGAUCUCAUAAUACUUUAGAAAAUUGCCAAUGUGAUUAAUGUUUUUUUUCUCCUUUCAUGGCAAAUAAACAAACUCUAUGACCAAAAAAGCGCA